GUAAGUCCAGGCAGUAGGGAGUUUAGUGCUGGGGUCAGGAGGACGGUGACGCAGACGAGCAGACCCCCCCGGACGGACACCCCUGUAUGACUGGAGUCUAGAAGCACAGAAAACAGACCCCAACCUUUUCUUCCUCUCUCGCCUCAAAGAGUCUACAUGUCUGGUGGCCUCUAGACAUGUUCAGCUUUGUGGAUUUGCGGCUGGCGCUGCUGCUGAGCGCGGCGGCGUUCCUGGUCAGAGCGCAGGGCGAGGACGACCGCACCGGCGGAAGCUGCACCCUGGACGGUCAAGUGUUUGCGGACCGGGAUGUGUGGAAACCAGAACCAUGUCAGAUCUGCGUGUGCGACAGCGGAACCGUCAUGUGUGAUGAGGUCAUCUGUGAAGACACCACCGACUGCCCCAACCCUGUCAUCCCCCACGACGAGUGCUGCCCCAUCUGCCCCGACGACGGUUUCCAGGAGCCUCAAGUUGAGGGACCUAAAGGAGAACGUGGACCCAAGGGAGACCGGGGUCUUCCUGGUCCUCCCGGUAAUGAUGGUAUCCCCGGCCAGCCUGGACUGCCUGGACCCCCUGGCCCCCCUGGACCCCCCGGCCUUGGUGGAAACUUCUCCCCUCAGAUGUCUGGAGGAUACGAUGAGAAAUCUCCUGCCAUGCCUGUACCCGGACCAAUGGGCCCCAUGGGACCCCGCGGACCCCCAGGACCUGCUGGUUCAAGUGGACCUCAGGGAUUCAGGCCCCCUGGUGAGCCUGGUGAGGCUGGAGCUUCUGGUCCCAUGGGUCCACGUGGACCUGGCCCCCCUGGAAAGAACGGAGAGGAUGGUGAGUCUGGUAAACCCGGUCGUGCUGGUGAGCGUGGACCUUCUGGCCCUCAGGGAGCUCGUGGCUUCCCCGGAACCCCAGGACUGCCCGGCAUCAAGGGACACAGAGGAUUCGCUGGUGCUGAUGGUGCUAAGGAGACGCUGGACCUGCUGGACCCAAGGGAGAGUCUGGAGCCCCUGGUGAGAACGGAACCCCUGGUGCUAUGGGACCCUCGUGGUCUCCCUGGUGAGAGAGGUCGUACUGGUGCUACUGGAGCUGCUGGAGCUCGUGGUAACGAUGGUGGCGGUGCUGCUGGACCUCCUGGUCCCACUGGCCCUGCUGGACCUCCUGGAUUCCCUGGUGGUCCUGGAGCUAAGGGUGAAGUCGGAGCUCAGGGUGCUCGUGGACCUGAAGGCCGCGGUGCCCGUGGUGAGCCCGAACCUGGACCUGCUGGCCCCGCUGGACCCUUAGGGUAACCUGGAGCUGAUGGAGCUGCUGGAGCAAAGGGAGCCCCUGGCGCUGCUGGAGUGGCUGGAGCUCCUGGUUUUCCUGGACCACGUGGACCUCCUGGACCUCAGGGUGCUGGCGGUGCCCCCGGACCCAAGGGUAACACUGGUGAGGUUGGAGCCCCAGGAGCCAAAGGGAGAGCCGGUGCUAAAGGAGAGGCUGGGGCCACAGGAGUUCAGGGACCACCAGGACCUCCUGGUGAGGAAGGUAAAAGAGGAGCCAGAGGAGAACCUGGAGCUGCCGGAGCCCGUGGAGCCCCCGGAGAAAGAGGUGCCCCUGGUGGUCGUGGUUUCCCUGGUUCUGACGGCCCUGCUGGACCCAAGGGUGCCACUGGUGAGCGUGGUGCCCCUGGUGCUGUCGGAGCUAAAGGUAACACUGGUGAGCCCGGUCGCACUGGAGAGCCUGGUUUGCCCGGAGCUAAGGGUAUGACUGGUAGCCCCGGUAGCCCCGGACCUGAUGGCAAGUUGGGAGCUGCUGGAGCCCCUGGACAAGAUGGCCGCCCCGCCCCUGGCCCCGUCGGAGCCAGAGGCCAGCCUGGAGUUAUGGGAUUCCCCGGACCCAAGGGAGCCGCUGGUGAGGGUGGAAAACGAGAGAGAGGAGUGAUGGGACCCACCGGCCCCCGUUGGUGCCCUGGAAAGGACGGUGACGUCGGCGCUCAGGGUCCUGCUGGCCCCGCUGGUCCUGCUGGUGAGAGGGGUGAGCAGGGACCUGCUGGACCUCCUGGAUUCCAGGGUCUUCCAGGACCCCAGGGUGCUAUUGGUGAGACUGGCAAACCUGGAGAGCAGGGUCUGCCCGGUGAGGCUGGAGCCCCAGGAGCUGCUGGAGCUAGAGGCGACAGAGGAUUCCCUGGUGAGCGUGGUGCUCCUGGUGCUAUUGGACCUGCCGGAGCUCGUGGAGCCCCCGGAUCUGCUGGAAACGACGGUGCUAAGGGAGAUGCUGGAGCCCCUGGUGCUCCUGGAGCUCAGGGUCCUCCUGGACUGCAGGGAAUGCCUGGUGAACGUGGUGCCGGUCUUCCAGGACUCAGAGGAGACAGAGGUGACCAAGGAGCCAAAGGUGCAGAUGGAGCUCCUGGUAAGGAUGGUCCCCGUGGUUUGACUGGACCUAUUGGACUUCCUGGACCUGCUGGACCCAGCGGAGACAAGGGAGAGCCCGGUGCUGCCGGACCCGUUGGACCUGCCGGAGCUCGUGGUGCCCCUGGUGAGCGUGGAGAGUCCGGACCACCUGGACCUGCUGGAUUCGCUGGACCUCCUGGUGCUGAUGGAGCGGCUGGUGCUAAGGGAGAGGCUGGAGAUAACGGUGCUAAGGGAGAUGCCGGUCCCCCCGGCCCUGCUGGAGCUACUGGUGCCCCUGGACCCCAGGGUCCUGUUGGAAACACCGGACCUAAGGGAGCCCGCGGAGCCGCCGGACCUCCUGGUGCUACUGGUUUCCCUGGUGCUGCUGGCAGAGUUGGACCUCCCGGCCCCUCUGGUAACCCUGGACCUCCUGGACCCGCUGGACCUGUUGGUAAGGAGGGAGCCAAAGGAAACCGUGGUGAGACCGGACCUGCUGGACGCCCCGGUGAGGUCGGUGCCGCCGGACCCCCAGGAGCUGCUGGAGAGAAGGGUAACCCCGGUGCUGACGGUGCCACUGGUAGUCCUGGUCUGCCUGGACCUCAGGGUAUUGCUGGACAGCGUGGUAUUGUUGGUCUGCCUGGACAGAGAGGAGAGCGAGGUUUCCCUGGACUGCCUGGACCUGUGGGAGAGGCCGGAAAACCAGGAUCAGUUGGCCCUGGUGGUGAACGUGGACCUCCUGGACCAAUGGGACCCCCUGGACUGGCUGGAGCCCCUGGAGAGGCUGGACGUGAGGGAGCCCCAGGUAACGAGGGAGCUGCUGGACGGGAUGGACCUGCUGGACCCAAGGGAGACCGUGGAGAGGGCGGUGCUGCCGGAGCCCCCGGUGCCCCUGGACCCCCUGGUGCCCCUGGACCCGUUGGACCUGCUGGAAAGUCUGGUGACCGUGGAGAGACUGGCCCUGCUGGACCUGCUGGUGCUGCUGGCCCUGCUGGACCUCGUGGCCCUGCUGGAGCUCCUGGACUCCGUGGAGACAAAGGAGAGACCGGAGAGGCUGGUGAGAGAGGCAUGAAGGGACACCGAGGAUUCACUGGAAUGCAAGGACCCCCUGGACCUGCUGGACCCGCUGGGGAACAGGGACCUGCUGGUACUGCUGGACCUGCUGGACCUAGAGGUCCUUCUGGAGCUGCUGGUUCUGCUGGUAAGGAUGGUAUGACCGGUCUGCCUGGACCCGGACCUCCUGGACCUCGAGGACGCUCUGGAGAAAUGGGACCUGCUGGUCCCCCUGGACCUCCUGGACCCCCUGGAGCACCUGGCGCCCCCGGUGGCGGAUUCGACCUGGGCUUCAUUUCCCAGCCUCAGGAGAAGGCCCCCGAUCCCUUCCGUAUGUACCGCGCCGACGACGCUAACGUUCUGCGUGACCGUGACCUGGAGGUGGACACAACCCUGAAGAGCCUGAGCCAGCAGAUCGAGCAGAUCCGCAGCCCCGACGGAACCCGCAAGAACCCAGCCAGAACCUGCAGGGACCUGAAGAUGUGCCACCCCGACUGGAAGAGCGGCGAGUACUGGAUCGACCCAGACCAGGGCUGCACUCAGGACGCCAUCAAGGUCUACUGCAACAUGGACACCGGAGAGACCUGCGUCUCAGCGACUCAACCUGAGGUGGCCAAGAAGAACUGGUACAUGAGCAAGAACAGCAAAGAGAAGAAGCACGUGUGGUUCGGAGAGACCAUGAACGACGGCUUCCAGUUCGAGUAUGGCAGUGAGGCAUCUCAGCCAGAGGAUGUGAACAUCCAGCUGACCUUCCUUCGUCUCAUGUCCACUGAGGCGUCCCAGAACAUCACCUACCACUGUAAGAACAGUGUGGCCUACAUGGACGCCUCGGCAGGGAACCUGAAGAAGGCCCUGCUGCUCCAGGGCUCCAACGAGAUCGAGAUCAGAGCCGAGGGCAACAGCCGCUUCACCUACAGCGUCCUGGAGGACGGAUGCACGUCACACACCGGUUCAUGGGGUAAGACGGUCAUCGACUACAAGACGACGAAAACGUCUCGCCUGCCCAUCAUCGACGUGGCUCCUAUGGACGUGGGCGCUCCAGACCAAGAGUUUGGCCUUGAAGUCGGACCUGUCUGUUUCUUGUAAAAAGAGAAAUCUGGACUUGAAAUUGUUGUGUGUGCGCGUGCGUGUUUGAUUUUUUUCUAGCAGUCAUCUCUCUUUUUAAAAAACCCACCAUUACCAUUUUUUCCGAUGCCAUUUUCCUGAACCAUCCGACCCCCCCCGCCUAAAACCUGCACUUCCACCAGAUGGCGCUGAUGUGACAAACGUCCUCAUCGUCAUCGUGUUCGGGACCACUACUUUUUUUUUUUUGUUUCUGACUCUUGACUUUUUUGUUUGUUUUUUACCAUCACAACACCAAGGAUCCUGUAGAGAAGACAUUUUGUUUCACUGGCAACAAGAAAAUAAUAUAUGCUUCUGUAAAGUGUAAAUGCCCCCCCACUGCCCCCCCCCAAACCAGCCCAGGCCUGUGUCUGUGUGGAGUUCCAGAACCAACAGGUGACAGAAUGAACGGACAGUCCAACCCAAACUGCUUUGUACACGUUUCAGGUGUUGAUGAAUAAACGGUGAAACUAAACGCCA